UCGUAUGUGGGUGAAGCCAAAGGUUAGCGCGAUAAGUGGCGACGUCAAAGGAAACCGUUGACCAAAACGAAGAGGAGCAGUUGAAUGUCAACUCAUGUUUACGAUGCUGAGAGACUCCCGUUUCAGUCGAGUGCAAAUUGUCAAAUGCUACGGAUGGAAUUUACUCGGCAAAGGCAAAGGCAACGAAUCGAAAACGAAACGCCUCGACGGGGUUGUGCUAAUAAAUAACAACAAUAAUAAUAAUCAAAUAAAUAAAUCGAGCUAAAAACAGAAAAGCAAAAACAAAUACAGUGAUGAAAUAACGAUUAAAUACUAGUAGUAACAACGCCUAAAAAUAUACAAAAAAAAUAUUUGUGUACUCUUACAACCGUGAAACGUAGCAUAACACGCGAUAUUGUAAACAACAUUAGUAUAAACAAUACCAAAUAACGUAGUUCUGUCGCAAAUCUAGGAAGAAUGUGUGCUGACCAAAGCCUUGAUUUCAAAGAGAAUUGAACGGCUUCGAUAAAACGGCGUUAAACGCAUAUCUCGAAUGUGAAAAGAUAAUGUGGAAGCAUGUCUUCCCACUCCGUUGUAUCACUCUCAUCUUUUAAUAUAUUAUUUUUUACACAGGUUCUAACGGUUUUAACAUCGUCAAUAAAAUACCACGAGUACGUGACGGAUAAAGGCAAAAAUAUUUCCAUACCCUGCACAGCGGAGGGCAACGUUAUGUGGGUUAAGGAAGGCGGCAACAAUAGCACCAUAAUACAG